UACUGACUGAUUGCAGAUUGCUGUUGUACAAUUUCAGUAGUUUAACAAUUUAUUCAUGUAUCGAAACAGACCUGUAAAGGGAUUCAUAUCCCCUUUAAUCGUUCAACAACAAACGAACACCGAGGAAUGUAAUGAAAAUGAGAUAUCCGCGUAUCAGGAAAAAACGCCGAGCGAUUUAGUGAAAAAGCCUAUCCGGAACAACUCUCAAAUGUUAUAUUUGUUCGAAAAUGUAACUCAAAAAGAUGAGAUCGGAUGCGAUAAUGUCAAUGUGAAAAAUUCAUCAAGGAAACGAAAUGCUAAUUCUCCGAUAUGCGAAAAGAAAAUGUCGAUCACUGAUUCCCCCCAAACGACAGCAAAAAUUGUUUUUAACGUGGUGUACAGUAAGAAAAAACACAAAACAUGGGAUGACGAUGGUUUACUAGAAGUAACUGGGAAAAAUGCAAUUCUUAAGAAUUCAAAUGGUAAUAUUAUAGGAAGAACUACAAUUAGUUCAAAUAAUAUGGCAGAAGGUUCUAAAUUAAUUAUAGAAAGCAAACAAGUAGAGAUUAUAGAUAAAGUGUCGACAGAGCAAUCUAUAUCACAGAAGAGCCCUGAAGUAGAGGAACCAUUGCAAAAAAAACUUAAAACAUCCACUGUAUGUGCAUUUCAGUCACCAAAGAAAAAUAAAAAUGCUACAGCUUGUGAGGAAAAAGCAUCAACUGAAAAUUCACCCGAGGCAAAAAUAAAAACCAGGUUCAAUGUGAUGGUCAGCAAAGUAACUUCGAAGAAACAUAAAACAUGGGACAGCGAUGGUUUGUUAGAAAUUGUUGGGAAAAACGCUAUUCUUAAGGAUUUGGAUGAUAAUAUCAUUGGAAAAACUACAAUUAAUCCAAGUAAUGCAGUAGAAGGAGCUAGAUUAAUUAUAGGGAAUAAACAAGUAGAGAUUAUAGAGCAACUGUCACAAGAACUAUCUAUACCAGAGAAGAGUCUUGAGAAAACAGUAGAGGAACUAUCAAAGAAUAAGUUUAAAGCAUCUUCCACACAUUCAUUUAUGCCCUUGUUUUCAUCCACAAAAGGAUUAGCAUUAAAUAGUGAGCCUUUAGUGAUGCCUUAUUUGAAUUCUACUGAAUCGAUAAACCAAGAAGAACAGGAAAUCUUGGUUGAUUCCUGUUUAGUAACAAAGCUUAGAGAGCAUCAACGCCAUGGAAUUGUGUUUCUUUAUGAAUGUUUAAUGGGACUAAAGGUACCAAAUUAUUUUGGUGCAAUCUUGGCUGAUGAAAUGGGUCUUGGUAAAACCUUACAAUGUAUCACAUUAAUUUGGACAAUGUUGAAGAAGGGUCCAUAUGGCAAACCGAUUAUAAAACGUGUAUUAAUAGUAACACCUAGUAGCUUGUGCAACAAUUGGGAAAAGGAAUUUGUAAAAUGGUUAGGUUCCCACAGGAUACUUCCAUAUGUUAUAGGUGGAAAAAAUAAGCCUAAAGAUUUUAUAAAAUAUCCGAGAAAUUCGGUCAUGAUUAUUAGUUACGAAAUGUUCAUUAAAUGUCAUACAGAAAUUAAUGAAAUGGCCUUCGAUUUGAUUGUGUGUGAUGAAGGCCACAGAUUAAAAAAUAGCAAUAUUAAAGCAGCAAAAAUGUUAAACGAGAUAAAUUGUAAGAAACGAAUUGUUUUGACGGGUACGCCCAUACAAAAUGAUUUGAAAGAAUUUUAUGCACUGAUCGAUUUUGUUAAUCCUGGCAUUCUUGGCACAUCUAAUGAAUACAAGAGUUAUUACGAGGAACCUAUUGUCACAGCACAAUAUUCUUCUGCCGAUGAUGAUGUUCUCAGUCUGGGAAAUAAAAGAUCCGCAGAAUUAUAUAAACGUACCAAAUCUUUUAUUUUAAGACGGUCGCAAAAAGCGAUAAACAAAUAUCUACCAUAUAAAUAUGAAAUAGUCUUAUUUUGCUCUUUAACCAAGAAACAAAAAGAUUUAUAUUCUCUUGUUACUGAUGCUUGGUUCAACAAAAUUUGUCUAGAAGACAAAAGUAACAUACAUUUAUCUAUCAUUACUGCUCUUAAAAAAAUUUGCAACCAUCCAAAUCUGUUCCUAAACGAAGAAGAGAAAGCAUUAUAUAACGUUUUAUCAAAAUCAUCAUAUAUAUCACAAAUAAAACGAGAUGAAAAUUUUACAGAGUAUUGUGGAAAAAUCACAAUUGUACAGACAUUAAUGAGAAAUUUGAAAAAGACUGAUGAGAAAUUGGUGUUAGUCUCUUAUUACACACAGACUCUUGAUCUUCUUGAGACCAUAUGCUACAAGGAAAGAUUAAAAUUCUUAAGAUUAGAUGGUGCUACUUCAAGUACUAUACGAUUGAAAAUUACCGAGCAAUUUAAUACGCAAACCGAUAAUAGCAAAGUUCUAUUGCUAAGUGCAAAGGCAGGUGGUGUUGGUUUGAAUUUACCUGGAGCAUCUAGACUUGUUUUAUUUGAUUCUGAUUGGAAUCCUGCAUCUGAUAUGCAAGCAAUGGCAAGGAUUUGGAGAGAUGGACAGAAGAGGAAUGUUUACAUUUAUAGAUUAUUAACCACAGGUACGAUAGAAGAAAAAAUAUAUCAAAGACAAAUUAGCAAAGCCAAUCUGAGUGAGACUGUAGUGGAUCUGAAUUACCUUGGAUCUUUAAAAUUAUCUACUGCAGAGCUAAAGGAUUUAUUUACGUUGGCAAGUGAUACAAUUUCGUUAACACAUGAUUUAAUGAAUUGUUCUUGUUCUGAUAAGAAUGAACAUAUAUUUUCUGAAGAAUUAAAAGAAAAUAAUAAUGAGACUCGAGACUGUCAAUUUAUACUGUAUGAGAAACCAUCUCAACAAAAUUUAACUAUAAAUCAGCUUCGAGAUUGGCAGCAUUACAAAAAGCCAAUUCCAUCUGACGUUAUGCAGGUAAUAAACUGUUUAGUUUGA